AUGGCCAGUGUUGAGGUUGAAUCUGCACCAGUAGCAGCAGUAGAGACUACUCCAGCUGAGGUUGAGGCUACCCCAGCUCCAGAGGUGGGGGAACCAGCACCAGUUGUAGAAAAGGAAGUCGAGGUUGAAUCAGCACCAGCACCAGUAGAAAAAGAGGUUGCUCCUGCUGUUGCGGAGGAAGCAGCAGCCCUUGUAGCUGAAGAGCCUGCAGCUGCAGAACCUGCAGCCGCAGUGGCAGCUGCAGUAGAACCUGUUGCAGCCCCAGUUGAGGAACCUGCGGCUGCAGAAGAACCUACAGCCGCAGCAGAGGAACCGGUGGCUGCAGCACCCGUUGAGGAGGCUGCAGCACCCGAAGCUGAACCAGAAGCAGCCCCAGUUGCGGAACCGGAAGCAGAGAAAGCAGAGGAAGCUGCCCCUGUAUCUGAGGAACCAGAGAAAGUUGAAGAGUAA